AUGUCUCCUUCUGUCUUUCAGCAAGCAGUUGAGUCUCGCAGAGCAUUGGCGGUCUGCUUGUUUGUAACUGUCGCCGCAUUCCAAUUUGGCUAUGACUCCUCUUACUAUUCGGGUAUCCUUGCCAUUCAGCCUUUCCUGGAAAUCUUCGGUCACCUUGAUCCGGUCAAGGGAGUAUAUGUCUUGUCGGCGGAAAGACAGUCAUUGACCACCAGCAUCAUCAACGCUGGUGAGUUCGUUGGUGCUAUUUCCUCCUUCGUGAUCGGGGAAAGUCUCGGUUCUCGCAGCGGUCUCUUUGUGUCGAGUGCUGCAGUCAUCAUCGGCACACUUAUUCAGGUCCUCGCUCCAAAUGUGGGAGCUCUCAUUGCAGGCCGCUUGAUCCUUGGUUAUGCCGUUGGCCUCAUCUCGUGCCUUGUACCUGUAUACAUCGCCGAUUGUGCUCCAGCUCGAUUCCGUGGCGCCUUGGUAUCCAUGUAUCAGUACUGCCUUGGUCUUGGUUUACUUUUGGGUGUCAUCGUCGACUACUGCACCAAGGAUCGCACCGACACUGCCUCCUUUAAGAUCCCGAUCGCUGUUCAGUUCGUCUUUCCUGUGGUUCUUGUGCCAGGCCUUCUGCUUUUCGUUCCGGAAAGCCCCCGUUGGUUGGUCCAGACCAACAACAUCGACAAAGCCAAGCGAUCGAUCAUGAGACUUACAGGAAAGUCGGCCGAGAGAGCAGAAGAAGACGUCACUCAGCUCCGGCUGCUACAACCAAUGAGCAAUGAGUCCUCCUGGAGAGAUAUCUUCACAUGGGGGCCCGAAGGCCAUAAGGCAUAUCUAGGAUGUGCGCUGCAAGCUCUCCAACAAGCCACAGGUAUCAACUUCAUCACUGGCUACGGCAUUGUCUUCUUCUUCCAAAUCGGAAUCGACAAUCCCUUCCUCAUCCAGAUGGGCCUUUACCUUGUUGCAAUGCCAGCAGUGUGGAUGAGCCAGUAUGCCAUCGAGAAGUUCGGUCGAAGGCCUAUUCUCAUCAUUUCGGGCUUAUUAACUUUUGCUGUGCUAAUCAUCAUGGGCGGCGCAGGCCUCACCAAGCACAAAUCAACUCCUCUUGAGCAGACUAUCGUGGCUAUGGUCUACAUCUUUCUUGUGGUCUUCAACCUUGGCUGGGGACCGACAGUUUGGGUCGUAACAUCCGAGAUCGCAACUGGACCAAAUCGGUCUAAAUUGUUCGCUUUGUCUACCGGAUCCAACUGGUUCUUCAACUGGGUGGUAAGCUUCUCCUUCCCCUACUUGUUUAACGCCGACGCGGCAGGUAUGGGUGCAAAGAUUGGAUUCUUAUACGGAGCACUUACUCUAUGUGCUGUGGUCUGGGUUUACUUCUUGCUGCCUGAGACUUCUGGACUUUCCCUUGAGCAAAUCCAGAUGGCAUUCGAGGCUGGCGCGUCUCCACGUUCCUUCAAAGGUAAGUGUUGCAUACUGUCUUAG